AUGCGUUCCUACAUUCUGAUUGCCUUCUUUGCUCUGAUUGUUGUGGCUGCUGCUCAAGGUGGACAACAAGGUGGACAACAAGGUGGCCAGGAAGGACCUCAGAAUAGCCAGCAGGGAGGACCCCAGGGAGGUCCUCAGAAUGGCCAGCAGGGAGGACCUCAGCAGCAAGGAGGUCCAGGUGGCCAAUGGGGUCUGCCUCCGAAUGGCACCAUCUCCUCCAACAGCACCACUUCAACCACUGAAGCCAGCACCAGUGAAUCCAGCUCCACUGAGGCUUCCUCAUCUUAGGAUUUAGACAGAUCCUUAUCGCAAAACUAUUUUUUGUUUGCUUAUGUUCCUUAUUUUUUAUGUUAAUAAAAAUUCUUGCAAGUAAA